AUGAGCCAGAUGUUGACCAGUCAGUUCGGGGAUAUUCAAGGGUCGUUCCAAAAAUCUCUCAACAUUCCACGACACAUACAUCUACAUGAAGGCAUUUAUAGUGAAAUCAGAGGUCGCAUUUCAUUACAGGCAAUGAACUUGAUCCAUAAUCAGGCACAACGCACUGAUAACGAAGCCGGCCUUUGCGUUUGUAAGAUCAAAAGGACACACGGAUUGCCAUGCUUUCACGAUAUUGCACUUUACCGUUCUGUGGAUAGACCAAUUCCGCUAAGCUCUAUCCACCCUCACUGGAGUAAGUUGUCCAUGCACGCCCAGAGGCAUACUGACGAGGGAACACGAUCCGACAGGACAACUCAGCUUAUUGAAAGAUUAAAUGAAAUGGAUUCCGACAGUCGAGAGUCUAUGAUGGAUAGGUUUCUCGAUAUGGCGGAUCCAUCUCGUUGCACAGUUCGACCCCCAGCAUAUAACACAGAACACAGGGGUCGACCUACAGGCAGAGAUGAGCAGAAUAGAGGUCACAUACCUUCUUUCACAGUAUCCACUUCAGAAUCUCGGGCCUCAUGUAUUCCAACAUUGCGAAGGAGCAAUGGGAUGGAUCACCUCGUUGAGAAAUUUCCUCAACAGUAUCAGCGUUAUAUUUUCCACUGUGUUGACGUUCGACUCGACAGUUAUUGUGGCUUCAGGGCGUUAGUUGUGCAACUUUAUGGUUCUGAAGAUCAAUGGGCUCAACUUUAUCCAGAACGUAAUUAUGUAUCCCAUGUGCUACGAAGACUUCAUUGCUUCCGGUCAUCGACACCAGAGGAUCAUUGGAUGGAUUCUAUAUCAUUGGGACUUGUCAUAGCAUCAACGUACGACGUUGUACUGCAUACAUUCGAUAUGAUUGCUUCAAGUUGUUUCACUCACUUGCCGUUGAGCUCCCAUCCAGUUCCAUUCGCAACGCGCACACAUAUAGCUAUUGGUCGUAUUAAUGACAAUCACUUCGUGCAAGUUUUCUUAUACCGUCAUUAUCCUGUACCACCCAUCAUCAUAUGGUGGAGGGCAAAUGCAUCAAAUGAAGCACACGGAUGGGCUCAUCCUUAUGAAGCACGCCUCCAAUUGUGGUACGAAGUAAUGCAGAUAGAUCCGCCGGGACGACGACCACAAUUUGGUGAAAAUAUUGACUAA